AUGAAAUCGAUUGAUAAUUAUGUGAUCAAAUCAUCUGCUCUGGCAUCAAUCAAUCGGAUCCAGCAACAACAAGAACCGACAAUCAUUGAUCUUGAAAGUGAGUCCACGUUGACGUCUCCAUUCAUGUCUUCACCAAUUAAUGUGAACAACAAUUGUAUCGAAAGAAAAGGCCAAAUUAUACAUGGUAUGUCGUUCGAACCGUCAUCUUUGAAACAAACAAAUAAACGUCGUGCAGCUGGAUAUUUAUCUCAAUGGGAAAAAGAACCUGAAACAUAUUAUCGAACACUGAUAUUGAACUCAUUAAAUGAAUUACAAGAGAGCCGACAAUGUUGGCUUCGAAAAAAAGAAGAUGAAAAUGGUAAAAUUACGAUUGGGUGUUUUCUUUGCAACAAAUAUCGAAUGAUAAAGAAUGCCAAUGGACGAGUGAACCCAUGGGCAACUUACGACUACUCUGUGCUAGCAUUGAACAAAAUCAAGGAACAUGGAUUAUAUAAUGAAAAGCAUGCUGAAGCUCAACAGCUUGAAUUAAAUUGUAAAUCUAAAGUCCAGCCUGAUUGGGAAACAACUCAAUCCAGAACGAACACAAAACACCAACAAUCGAUUGAAAAUCUUAUGUUCAGUGCUAUCUUUAUUUGUCAGCAGGACUAUCCACUUAACAGCUUUGAAACGUUGUGCAAUCUACAAGAAAAGAAUGGAAUCAAUCUACUUCCUGCAGAAGUAUCUGGUGUUAGUUACCGUAAUGACUGUGCGGCUUUAUGUUUUCUUCAACAUAUUGCUCGAAUUUUGCAUCAAGAGUUAGUUGAAAAACUAAAUCGAAGUCCUAUACUAGGCUGGAUGAUGGAUGAAUCGACAUCUCGUACUUGUGAAAAAAGUUGCAUUGUUUAUGUUCGUUAUGUGGAUAAUUACGAACAAAAAACUGAUUUCUAUGGUUUGAUGAACAUGAAUGGAGACGGAUCGAGUCAAAAUAUUGUCGACAAACUGGGUGCUUUAUGGGAUGAAGAUGGAAUAAAUGUGAGAAAAACAUGCUGGUUAGCUACGGAUAAUGCUUCGACAUUUACAGGCAUUCACAAUGGUGUUGCUGCUAAAUUGAAAAAGAAAUAUGGAAUUGAUUAUCUUGAACUCAAUACUUGUGCUGCUCAUUCAUUCGCACUCGUCGGUAGCCAUGCUGGGAAAGAAUUGAUCGAGGAUGGUACUAAUCGUGUGAGAACUCGAGAAGACGUGGCUCAGUUUGAAUCAAAUUUGGGACAAAUUUACAACUUUUUCAGUCGUAGUGCAAGUCGCUUAUCAACGUUGAAAUAUUGGCAAAAUUUUCUUGAUCUUCCGGAACUCAAAUUCAAACAUCUGUUUGAUAUUCGAUGGUCAUCUAUUCGCGGUUGUUUGAAACCCAUCAUCAGUAAUACUGAGCCUGGUCAUCAAGCCUUGUUUGCUACCUUGAAACAGAUUUCUGAGGAUCAAGAUUUCAGUCUUCAAGAUCGUGAAAAGGCACUCGACUUAUAUAAUUCCAUUCUCAACGAUUCGUUCCUAUUUUAUCUUCAUUUUCAUCAUGACUUACAAGAAUGUGUGUCGGGUGAACUGACAAAAAUGAUGCAAGAUGAUAAUAUUUCUUAUACGAUUUUGAAGGAAAAAAUUCAGGAGAAAAAGAGUGUAUUGAACGGAUGGUUAUCGACUACGCCACCAUUAACUUUUGAUCAACACAUUGACAAUAACUCGAAUUCAAUGACCUCAACACAUGCCUAUGCUUGGGGUCCGUCUUUAUCCCAAUACAUUCAACUUACAUCAAAUAAAGCUUACGGUGCUUUCUUUGUUGAUACAAAAAAUCGAAAAAUUGCCGAAGAAAACUGUCACUUUCACAUCGAACGCUUUCUUGCAGAACUCGAACGACGUUUCUCUACAUCCAAGGUGCAAGAAGGUUUAAGUAAUUUAUUUGAUCCAGCAUAUAUGCAUAAAAACGAACAACGUGUUCGUCAAGUCGGUUACGGGCGUGAACAGUUAGCCGUCCUCUCGAAAAAGUAUCAUCUACUCGAUAGCUUUGAUUCACAGAAGGUUGCCACAGAAUGGGAAUCUCUACGUCCAUCAUUAAUUUCAUACAUUGCUGUUGAUGGGAAAACAUGUUCGAGAAAAUUAUUUUGGAAAGAAUUCAUCUUGCUGCAACAAUCAAUUCAUACCAACUUUAUUAACGACUACAAAAAUAUUAUUUUGUUAUUAAAUAUUUACUUGAUCUCCCCGACAAAUUCGGCCGAAUGCGAGCGUGGUUUCAGUGCUGCGAAUCGCAUACAAACAAAUGGUCGUUCGAGACUCAUGAUUGACACUCUGAAUACUUUACUGGCAGUUCGUCUGCUUUUACCCGAUGAUAUUCGAAGCAAAAGAUGUCAUCAAGUUGUCGCGAAAUCAUUUGAUCUGUGGAAUGAUCCAGAUGAGAACCGCCGGUGGAAACGAACAAGACUGUUAGUAGAUGUGCCGGACGACUAUGAGCCUGAAAGGCAAACUCGUGAAAGUAAUACAAAAAAAAGAAGAGCUGAAACAACGAAAAACCAUGCUCUCAGUUCAAGUAAACCGAAAAGACCAAAAUCGACAGCCGUGAAAUGUGCCAAUAAUUGUCGUCGAACGAUCUCAUACGAUGACCCAAUGCAACGAGAUGCCAUCCAAUGCUGUCAUCAAAAUGAGUAUUAUUCUUGGAUCAAUGAUAAUGAAGGAUGUUCCCGGUGGCUUUGUAAUUAUUGUCGAAUUAAGUUAUCAAUUCCAACAGAUUCGUUAACUUGGUUUUGCGAUGAUCACGUCGAUAUGCAUACAGAAGAUGAUAGUAUUGGAAAAGAACAAUCACCUGAACUGAUUUAA